AAGUCAAAAUAUGCCAAAGUGCGCAAAUCAGCACAAAGUGUUUCUGUUUUUGAGGCUAUGUGACAUUUCAGUUGACAACUAAUAUUGACAGCAUAUGUCAUAAUAACAAUAAUAUUUUUUUUUUGCAAAUCCUUUUAAAAAUGAUCGAGGUGACUGCGAAAUUAAUUCGUGGCCCCGUGUAUCUAUCCGGUGAGCAAAUCGAAUGCGCCAUAACAUUCUCGCAUCCAAAGUCUGCAGCCCACAAAGUGUCCCAGAGUCACAAUGAUAGUUUUGAAUGUCUCGCAUGGGCUUCCGCUCAAAUUAAUUGUCAAUGCACAACUGACAAUAAAGUGAAGAAGCAGGUAGAUAAAGGCAACAACUUGAAACACAGUGAAACCUCUUUGGCGAUGUGCACACAGGAUGUGGGACAUAUUGAGAUAGCAACAAAACCUAGAAUAUUAUUUUGCGAUUUACGAUUGUCGCCAGGACAAAGUAGAACGUUUAUCUAUAGAGAGAAAAUUCCAAAUGAUGCUCCACCUUCUUACAGAGGACAAUUGGUUAAAUAUUCUUACAAAGUUAUUGUUGGCAUGCAACGGGUGAACAAUGCUAUAAAACUAUUGAAAGUUCCAAUCAGAGUUUUACCAGUCAAUCUGUACGGACUUGGUGAUGCAGCUUGUUUGUGCAAUGAUACCUCAGAGGAACUUUCACCAGCAAAUCCAUUUCUGGAGGUGAAUGAGAAAGAGAAGGAAACUCCAUUUGAAUUUGCUUUGCAAGCUCUACAGAAUAUAACAGCAAGGAGAAACCCUAAUUUUUAUAUGAUUUCCAAUACUUGGGGCAAAGUGGCGCGCUUCUGUUUAUUUAAGCCCUCUUAUAAAUUGGGUGAAGACAUUAUCGGCACGUUCGAUUUUACGAUGGCUUCAGUGAAAUGCGUGCAAGUUUCUGUGUCUCUGCAAUGCGAGGAAGAGACUACAAUUAAGGAAGCUGCUGAGAAGAAUAAUCAAAUUCAAAUUGUAACGUUCAGCAAACAUCAUGAGGUGUGCUUAGGACUUCAGUAUACUCAAUUAAUUCUGCCCAUUCCGUUGCACGUGACGCCAGCAUUCACUACGCAACUGGUGAGCUUGAAAUGGAGAUUACAUUUUGAGUUUGUUACCAGUACAAGCAAAGAAUUGAAUGGACCAGCUGUUGAUGAUCUGGAGUGGAGAGCCCCAAUUGAUUUACCAAUAGAAACAAUGGUCUGGAGUUUACCUAUUAAAUUGUUUUCAACUUCUCCUGUACAGGUGGCUCAAGGUCUGCAAGCCAACACCUGUUAUAAAUUAGUGAUCUAAUAAAUUCAAUUUUAAGCCUUUGGAAA